CCCCCACCCCCACCCUCCGCGGCUGUCUUCUCUCCAUCUCUUGCGCUCGCUGCUGGCUGCGCAAUCCCUGCACCCAGACUCCAGCUCCAGUUGGAGACCCCCGACUCCAGCUACAGAGACCCUGACCCAGCGAGACAGAGACUGCAAGCAUGUCAUCAGAAAAGUCAGGCCUCCCGGACUCGGUCCCUCACACCUCUCCGCCGCCCUACAACGCCCCGCAGCCGCCCGCCGAGCCCCCCGCCCCGCCCCCGCAGGCGGCGCCCUCCGCGCACCACCACCACCACCACCACUACCACCAGUCGGGCACCGCCACCCUCCCGCGCCUCGGGGCCGGCGGCCUGGCGGCGUCCGGGGCCUCCGCCGCGCGCGGGCCCUCGUUCUCCGCCACUCUGCCGCGGCCCCCGCACCACGCCCCGCCCGGCGCGGCCUCGGGGGCGCCCCCGCCCGGCUGCGCCACCUUGCCCCGCAUGCCACCCGACCCUUACCUGCAGGAGACGCGCUUCGAGGGCCCGCUGCCCCCGCCGCCGCCCGCCGCCGCCGCCCCGCCCCCGCCGGCGCCCUCGCACACCGCCCAGGCCCCCGGCUUCGUGGUGCCGACGCACCCCGGGGCGGUGGGCACGCUGCCGCUGGGGGGCUACGUGGCCCCCGGGUACCCCCUGCAGCUGCAGCCCUGCACCGCCUACGUGCCGGUCUACCCUGUGGGCGCGCCCUAUGCAGGCGGGACCCCGGGGGGCGCGGGAGUCCCCUCCACGCUGCCCGCGCCGCCGCAGGGCCCGGGGCUGGCCCUGCUGGAGCCCAGGCGCCCGCCGCACGACUACAUGCCCAUCGCAGUGCUGACCACCAUCUGCUGCUUCUGGCCCACGGGCAUCAUCGCUAUUUUCAAGGCGGUGCAGGUGCGCACGGCCCUGGCGCGCGGAGACAUGGUGUCGGCCGAGAUCGCCUCGCGCGAGGCGCGGAACUUCUCCUUCAUCUCCCUGGCGGUGGGCAUCGCGGCCAUGGUGCUCUGCACCAUCCUCACCGUGGUCAUCAUCAUCGCCGCGCAGCACCACGAGAACUACUGGGAUCCGUGAGGACGCCCCCGGCCCGGCGCCGCCCUGCGCCCCUCCACCUCAGCGCGGCCUGCGCUCCCGCCGCGGACCCCCGGGGCGCCCUGCACACCCGCCCCCGGGGCUGCCGGACUGGGAUGCGCCCUAAGCUCGGCCUCCGCGGA